AUGAGUAACGCUUCAUCAUUGGAUAAGGGCGUGCACACAGAGGAAACUGUCCGGUUGGAUCACGAUGAUCAAAGCAAGUCGGAUCAUGAUAUUAAAAUCGUGAAAAGGAAGACUAUGGACACGACCUUAGCCUUCAUGGAGGAGCAUGAUUCUGAAGUUCCGGAAAUUACUCCAGAACAAGAACGUAAAUUGUAUCAUAAGUUAUUACGUCGGGUUUUUGUGAUGGUCUUUUUGAUCAAUUUGUUUAUGUUUAUGGAUAAGAAUGCGAUGGGAUUUUCGAAGUUGCUCGGGAUGUGGAAGGAUACUAAUCUCAAACAAAAGGAGUACAACAAUACCAAUACUUUGUUUUAUGUUGGUUACUUAAUUGGUCAAUUUCCUGGACAUGUAUUGUUUCAAACUUUCAACAAGAGAUACUUCAUGGCUGUCACUCUUACAUGCUGGCUGAUUUUGAUGUUCACACAACUUGCAGCUAAAGACUAUGCUGGAAUUGCUACUAUUAGAUUCUUUUUGGGUCUUACAGAGAGCAGUGUUACACCGUGCAUUGAGCAUACAUUGGGAAUGUUUUUUGAUAGCAAAACUCAAUCCGUUCUCAACCCAAUUCUAUGGCUUGGAGCUGUCAGUGUUGGAAUUCCUACUGGAUUUAUUGCGUAUGGUAUCUCACACGUCAAAGGUAGUAUUCAUCCCUGGAAGCUCUAUUGGAUAAUAAACGGUUCCUUGACUUUCCUUUUGAGUAUCUGGGUGGUGUUAGACUAUCCUACUAAUCCUGCAGAAUACAAGGCAUUUACUAUUGAGGAAAGAGUUCAUAUUAUUCGAAAGAUCAAGCGUCAGAAUCGCUCAUCUAUCGAGGAAAAGAAAAUAAAAAAGUACCAAUUCAUUGAGGCAAUUAAAGAUCCAGUUACAUGGUUGUUUUCCCUCUAUGCUCUCACAUCAAUGCUUGCAAAUAAUAUGAAUUUUCAGCAACAGGUUAUAUCUCUUUCAUUAGGUGUGUCAAGAAUCAAUUCCACUCUUAUUACUGUGGCACAAUCUUGUGGUUUUCUUGCCGUUUUCCUUCCUUGGAAGAAUAAAAUUGGUAUUUUGGCUUCCUGUAUAAUUGUUCACACUGACGGUUUCGCAUAUAUCUUGGCUCUUUGCUGGUCCCAAAUAUCUGCGGCUGGAUACACAAAAAGAUUGACUAGAACGGCGAUGUUUAUGAUUGGUUACGGUAUUGGUGAUAUCAUUGCACCUCAGAUGUGGGUUACCGGGCCUCGUUAUUAUGCUGCCUGGGGAGUUCAACUUGGAAUUGCAUGGUUUGGAAGUUCCUUGAUUCUUUUGACCAUUCGUUACAUUCUCGCUAAAAGAAACAAUGAGCGGGUAAAAGACUUGACUUACGAUUCUGAUGGAAAUGUUAUUAUGAAGAGAUAUGAGUACUUGGAGAGUGGAUCUGAUGCAGAAUCAGGAAAACGUGAGACUGAUGUUUCCAACUUUGAUCUUACGGACUUUGAGAACAAAGAGUUUAUUUAUCCUUUGUGA